AUGAGUUUCCGUAGAGGUGGUGGUGGUACUGGUAGUUCAUUUAGUAAUUUACCAUUUGGGUUAGGUUACCAUGAUAUAGUUCAGAACUCUUCUAACGAGAUGCCAACGAUUCCUCUUCCUGUGAACAAUCCUGUUUCCAAUAGAGAGAGAAGUUUGGCUGUGACUUAUAUCAAAUUUAGUCAAACUGUUAGAGAUAGUCCAUUUUACACUGGUUCAAUUGAUCUUUCCAUUCAAAAGGGUGAUGAUAGCAAGAAGAAGAGUAAGAGUAAGAGGAAGAGGUCUGAGGAGUUGAUCGAUGAGUCUGGGCUUUUGGAUGGGAUAGAGAGAUAUUCCGAUAAAUAUUUAAAGAAAAGGAAAAUUGGUGUCUCUAUAUCAGAGCAUCCUUUUAAUCCAACGUUGUUCCCAAAGGAGUUAUAUAGUACCAUGGGUUUAGAUAAGAAGAAGCUGUUAGUAUUAUCAAGUUUCAAUAAUAAAGAUGAUAUAUUCACAGGUAAUGGAGAAGAUGAUUCAAAAGGUUUAUCAAUGCUGGAAAAACUAAAAGAACUUGCAGAAGAUAUGGAUGAUGAAAAUAAUGGCGAACAAGAAGGUGAUAAAGAUGAUAAUUUGGACGAUGAUGAUUUUGAUGAUGAAAGUGAAGAUGAUGAUUACAAUGCAGAAAAAUAUUUCGAUGACGGUGAUGAAGAUUUCGCAGAGGAUGAUUAUGGUGAUGAACCUGCAUUCUAA